UGUGUCGUACGCGUCCGGAGGUGGAAGAUGAAGAUGGUCGUUGUUCAGUCUCGCAGGUGAAUCCCGCAGGUAGCGCGAGAAGAAGAAAAAGUUGAGGAAGAAGAGCAAGACGCGCGCGUGGAGCGGAGUUUUUUUUUCGGUUCGUUAGGAAGUAGAUUUUUAGUAUAGGACUAUGAUGGUGAAGAUGUUGGUUUUAGUGUAACACGAUGGUGAAUUAGUAAUUAUUGACGUUUUUUGGAAAAAAAGACUGAUAUUUUGAAGAAAAUUUUGUUUUGGUUUGAGUCCCCAAAGCACUAAAGGAUUAUUUUGUGAUUCUUCGUUUCUUCUGUGUCAAGGAUUUAUUUCAAUUAUUCGUGAAGCAAUGAGACUCUACUUCCUGGUGUUUUUCAGUCUGCUACUUCAAAGGGUCUGUGUUCGGACGGAAGAAGUUGAAGUAAUCGAAGCAGUGCCCAGCGAAGACAUAAACGACCACUCGAACAAGAUCGAAAAAGAUUCGAAUAGUGACCAGUUAGCUUUGGAAAGUACCGACGAAGAUGAACCACCACCCAAAAAGCUUGCUUAUAACGGACCACCAAGGAAUAAUCCAUUAAAUCAUCCACCCAGAGGGAAUGGUCCCUCAUACUACUCCAACAAACCAUUCAAGAACAACAAGCCCAACUACGAGAACAAGAAUUCGUACAAUGGGCCUCCACCUCCACCGCCCAAGCAGGCCAUGGAUAAGUACGGUACUGCCGGAGGUGACAUCUGGCCAGCUCCUACUCCAGAAAUGCCCAAAAUCGUCUCGUUGGACGUCAAAUGUGAGAAAAACUUGAUGAAAGUCUAUAUAGGUUUUGAUAAACCAUUCUACGGAAUAGUCUUCAGCAAAGGUCACUACAGCAACGUUCAUUGUGUCCAUCUACCGGCAGGUCUGGGCAGGACAUCGGCUCACUUUGAGAUAGGGAUUCACGCAUGCGGGACAUCCGGCAACACCGAGAAUGGUCUUUAUGGGUAUGGAGCUGAAAGUGGCAGCGGUACAUAUUUCGAAAAUAUCAUCGUCAUUCAAUACGACCGGCAAGUUCAAGAGGUGUGGGACCAGGCGAGGAAGUUGCGCUGCACCUGGCAUGACCAGUACGAGAAAUCUGUCACUUUUAGACCGUUCCCCGUUGACAUGUUGGACGUCAUCAGGACGGACUUUGCAGGAGAUAACGUGGGAUGCUGGAUGCAAAUUCAAGUUGGAAAAGGUCCAUGGGCAUCGGAAGUAUCUGGUUUGGUCAAGAUAGGUCAAACCAUGACUAUGGUGCUUGCAAUAAAAGACGAUGACAACAAAUUUGACAUGUUGGUAAGGAACUGUAUGGCCCACGAUGGUAAAAGAGCACCUAUACAACUUGUAGAUCAAAAAGGCUGUGUUACUAGACCAAAGCUUAUGUCCAGAUUUACCAAAAUUAAAAACUUCGGAGCUAGUGCUUCAGUACUGUCAUACGCUCAUUUCCAGGCUUUCAAAUUUCCAGAUUCCAUGGAGGUACACUUCCAGUGCACCAUUCAGAUUUGUAGGUACCAGUGCCCCGAUCAGUGUUCUGAUGGGUCUAACCAUAUUGGUUACCAAAACGUACAACUCUCCCCUGACACUUCCUACGGCCCACCUCCAGGCAUCCCAAUCGAACACUACCUCCAUUCAGCUCGACCUCGAGACGAAAGAAGGAUCAGAAGAUCAGUUAAACCGUCCUCCGACCCAGAAACUGAAGUUGGAGUCAACAGGAUCAUCAGAGUGGUCAGUACUGGAGAUCUAACUUUCUCCAUCGACGAGAAUAGCACCAAUCCAGCUCCAACCAUGGUUUUCCCAGCUGGAAGCACCGAACAGCAAGCUUCUGUAGUUCCUAGUGGUUUAAUCUGUAUGACAACGCCAGGUUUUGCGAUUACUUUGAUAGUUUUAUUGGGGAUCAUGGUGGUUUCUUGCUUGAUGUCUGCAUUUUUGUGCGUCAAAUUGAAGCCAUUUUCGCAUAAGAAGAUCGUCCAGGUUGUUGGGUUUCCUGGAGGAAGUAAAACAACAAGGAGGGAGGGGGAUAAUAAGUCAAAGAGUUGUUUCUAUUCGUAGAAUUUAAGGUACAAAACGUUUUAAAAGAAUAAAGCAGAUCAUUGAAUAAAAAGACUUAAGAUAUGAACAAACUUGACGACGUUGCAAAAGAGUUUCAAUCAAAUUCAAAUCCCACCCAAAGUCUUUCCAGGUUUAUAUACAUUGUAUAAAAUCAAUUAUAAAGUUAACAGGAAAUCAUAAAUUUUAGUAUUUGUCUCAUAAUAUCAUGGUCUUUCUAUUCAAUGCAAAAUAUUAGAACCUAUAGAUGUUAGAGACAGUACUCAAAGUUUAGGUAUGUCAAAAAUUUUAUCUUUAUUAUUAAUGAUAUUUUUAAAUUUCUAAAGUAACUCAGUUUUUUUUUGUAGGUAUUAAGUAAUGAGAGAUAUAAUAUUGUUUGUGGAAAAUAUUCAUUAUCUUCAAAAAUAUUUAGUUUUAAACUUUUUUUGGUUAAAUUUUUAAAUAUACAACCUUUUGAACUUUUUGGUUUUUGUAUUAUUUUGUUUGUUUAUGGCAUACUUAAAUUUAAUGUACUUUGUAACGUCAAAUUAAACAUAAGGUAAGAUCAUAAAAAUAAAAAACAAAAAUAUUUAAUAGAUCUUUUGUUUACUAUUUUAUUCACUCUGUAUAAUAGUUUUAAAAAUUCUUAAAAUAUUAAUAUUCUAGACAAACAGAAAAUACUAUUUCAUUUGUGUUAUUUUUUUCUUUCUUGAAUUUUUGUUUUUUAUUUUUCGCCUUAUAUAUU